CAGACGUUCCACCCAGGCGGCCUGUGAUUGGUCCACGCAGCUGCCCAUCGCGGCUCCUGGCUUUUGGCAACAGAGACGCACCGCUGCUCUCCUUCUCUGCUGCUUAGUGCGUCGAGCGGCGGAGAGAAGCGCGUCUAGUUGUGCGUCUGUGGACCAAACAGCAGCAGCAGCAGCAACAGAGGUGGUGUUGGUGCGCAUCUCAUCUCCUCCUCCAGAGCACAGCACAGCAGAGCAGAGCAGAACAGAGGACACACCAGGAGGAGGAUUUCUUCUUCUUCAUUCUUAUUUUUUUGACUGUUUGAGACAUAGAUCUUUUUUUUAAUUUCCCUGAUGGUAACCAACACCGAGCAGCCGGAGACAUGUGGAAUAAUGCUGGGACUCUAGCGUGUCUUCUCCUGGUUCUGUGGGCUGAGGUGUCUCACUCCACGGGUAACUUCGAGCUGCAGUUGAUCUCGGUGGAGAACCCCCAAGGGCAGCUGCUGAACGGAGACUGCUGCGACGCGGAGCAGAGCGCGUCGGAGGGUCAGUGCGGAGAGGACGAGUGCGACACCUACUUCAGAGUGUGUUUAAAGGAAUACCAAUCGGAGGUCGUGCCCAACGGACCGUGCACCUACGGCUCGGAAACUACUAAGGUUAUCGGUGGGAAUACUUUUCAGUUCAAGGGCGGACAGAAAACCGGACAGAACCGGAACAAUGACGCCGGCAAGAUCACCAUCCCAUUCAUGUUCGCCUGGCCGCGAGGGUACACGGUGAUAGUGGAGGCGUGGGACAGGGACAACGGCACACACAGCAAUGACGAAGAGCUGCUGAUCGAGCGCAGCAUCUACAAAGGGAUGAUCAACCCCGGAGAGGAGAAGCAGACGGUGGAGUAUAAGAGCUUGAUCGCCAGCCUCAAGUACACCAUCCGGGUGCGCUGCGACGAACACUACUACGGCGGCAAGUGCAACAAAGUGUGCCGUCCCCGCGACGACUACUUCGGCCACUACGUGUGCGACCCAGGGAACAGAGGCUGCAUGGAGGGCUGGACGGGGACGGACUGCAAAACAGCAAUCUGCAUGCAAGGAUGCAGCCUGGAGCACGGCGGAUGCAGCGUGCCGGGGGAAUGCAAGUGUAACUACGGCUGGCAGGCUCCGCUCUGUGACGAGUGCUUGCCGUAUCCCGGCUGUGUUCACGGUACCUGCAACGAGCCCUGGCAGUGCACCUGUGAGAAGAACUGGGGAGGGCUGCUCUGUGACAAAGAUCUGAACUACUGUGGGACCAACCGGCCCUGUAAGAACGGAGGCACGUGUAUGAACACCGAGCCAGACGAGUACAACUGCGCCUGUCCAGACGGCUACUCUGGCAAGAACUGCGAGAUCGCGGAGCACGCCUGUGUUUCCAACCCCUGUGCUAACGGAGGGACGUGCCAUGAAGUCCCAUCAGGCUUUGAGUGUCACUGUCCGGCAGGCUGGUCCGGGCCGACCUGCGCUAAAGACACAGAUGAAUGUGCCUCCAGCCCCUGUGCUCAGGGUGGAACCUGCAUGGACAUGGAGAACGGCUUCGAGUGCCUCUGCCCUCCACAGUGGACGGGCACGACCUGCCAGAUAGACGUUAAUGAGUGUACAAUGAGGAAGCCUUGCCGCAAUGCUUACAUUUGCAAAAACUUGAUUGGUGGAUAUCACUGUGGAUGCUUUCGUGGAUGGGUUGGCCAGAACUGUGACUUCAAUGUGAACAGCUGCCACGGUCAGUGUCAGAACGGAGGGACCUGCAAGGAGGGGCCCAGAGGUUGUGUUUGCCUGCCGGGAUUCAUUGGUCGGCACUGUGAGGUUCAGAGAAACCGCUGUGCCAGCAGUCCGUGUAGGAACGGCGGGCGCUGCCACGCCCUGCUGGACGGGUUCAUGUGUGAAUGUCCGCAGGGCUUCGCUGGUACAACCUGUGAGGUGCAGAAUGACCCCUGCAGCCCGAACCCAUGCCACAAUAAGGCCCAGUGCCACAGCCUGAUAGGUGACUUCUACUGCAGCUGCCCCGACGAUUACGAGGGCAAAACCUGCUCGGAGCUCAAAGACCACUGCAAGACCAACCAGUGUCAAGUGAUUGACAGUUGCACCGUAGCCGUGGCAACCAACGACACCCAGAAGCGGGUGUGGCACAUCUCGUCCAAUGUGUGCGGUCCCCACGGCCGCUGCAUCAGCCUGCCUGCCGGGAACUUCAGCUGCUCCUGUGAGCCGGGAUUCACUGGCACCUACUGCCACGAGAAUAUUAACGACUGUGCACCAUCCCCCUGUAAGAACGGAGGCACUUGCAUCGACGGGAUCAACACUUUCCAGUGUUUCUGCCCAGACGGCUGGGAGGGAAGUCUGUGUGAUGUCGAUGUGAAUGAGUGCAAAAGGAACCCCUGUCAGAAUGGAGGCCAGUGUGUCGACCUGCUUAACGACUACUACUGCAACUGUGUGGACAACUGGAAAGGAAAGACCUGCCACUCGCGUGAGAGCCAGUGCGACUCCACUACCUGCAGUAACGGAGGGACGUGUUACGAUAACGGAGACUCCUUCCUGUGCAGCUGCCCCUCAGGCUGGGGUGGCAGCACCUGCAACACAGCCAAGAACAGCACAUGUGACUCAGGUCCGUGUGAGAACGGAGGGACGUGUGUCGGAGGAGGAGACACCUUCACCUGCAUCUGCAAGGACGGAUGGGAGGGACCCACCUGUGCACAAAAUGUCGACGACUGCAAUCCACAUCCCUGCUACAACGGCGGCAUCUGCGUCGACGGUGUGAACUGGUUCCGCUGCGAAUGCGCUCCUGGAUUCGCCGGACCGGACUGCCGCAUCAACAUAGACGAGUGUCAGUCGUCUCCUUGCGCCGAAGGUUCAACCUGCAUGGAUGAGAUCAAUGGCUACCGCUGCGUCUGUCCUCCGGGACACGCUGGAGCUCGCUGUCAGGAGUUCAUCGGACUCGGGAAGCCGUGUCGUCACGCCGGCCUGCAGUUUCCUCACGGCAGCCGGUGGGAGGAGGAGUGUAACGCCUGCCAUUGUGUCAACGGAUACGUUCACUGCUCCAAGGUGCGGUGUGGUCGGCGGCCCUGCCUCCUCCCGAAGGCUCUGCCUCCUCCAGACGUCAACCCUCCGUCGUGCCCCGGAGGCCACGAGUGCGUGGAGCAUCAGUUCCUCACCUGCUUCUCGCCGCCGUGCCACCAGUGGGGCGUGUGUUCGACGCCCGAUCCCCCGACGCCCCUGCACACCCAGUGUGAGCCCAACAGCGGUUACCUUGACAACAGCUGCGCUCGCAUCACGCUCAUCUUCAAGAAGGACAAAGUGCCGCAGGGCACCACUGUAGAGAACAUCUGCUCCGAGCUGAGGUACCUCCCCGUGACUCAGACGCUGGCCGAGGAGCGAGCGCUGCUCAUCCUCUGCGACCUGUCCUACUCCAAUAGUGACGCCGUGGAGGUCGCCAUGUCCUUUGAGCAGGACGGGCGGUCCAAGGACAGCGAUCGCGGCCAGAUCCAGAAGGCGGCCAGCACCAUCAUCGGCGCCCUCUCCAAACGCCACAACAGCACCGUCAUGCUGGCCGUGGUGGAGGUCAAAGUGGAGACGCAGGUGGAGCCGCCGCCUGUCGGUUACCUGGUCCCGGUGCUGUGCGUCGUCUUCGGCGUCCUCUGGAUCUUCUGCAUCGUCGUCUGCGUCUGGUGGACCCGCAAGAGGAAGAAAGAGCGCGAGAGAGCGGCCCGAUCCGAGGACACCACGGUCAACAACCAGCUGGAGCCGCUGCGGAGCAACGCCCUCAAGGACAACCGCGACAAAGACAUUCAGUACGAAUGCAAGAAACUGAUGGGUCCCUCCGACAGGACGUGCGACGGGGCCGAGGGCGAGGAGGAAGGGGAGCAGGAGGGGGAGCAGGAGGAAGACGAGGAGAGGGCGCUGGGCAUCGGGGAGAAGUGUCCGCCGCAGAAGUGCUCCAUAGCGGUGGCGCCGCAGGACAGGGGGGUGAUGGGUAAGGGAGCGGUCAUCUGCACGUCGCGCAGCGGUCCCGUCAAGGCGCCGCACCGGACGGCGUACAGCCCCAAAGACAACCGGUGUAAAAACCUGAACGCCGCCAAGCUCAGCGAGGACAUUAAAGACCACUAUGUAUGAGCACAGGAGGAUGAGGAGGAGGACGACGCAUCCUUCCUGAGUCACAGAGAAUAAAACUGCGAUGUCUUCAACGACUUUUCAACUCUUAAAAGCACCAAAAGUGAAGAUUACAGAUGCUUUAAUUUUCUAUUUUUUUGUUUGUCACACCUUAUUUAACUUCUUUGUCUGCAGCACGGAGGAUUCUUUUACCAAAAAAACUACAAAAAAAUACAGAAAAAUAACAAAAAAAAGAAAAUAAACAUCACAGCUUCUGGAUUUCUGGUUUUCUCGUCACACUGUUGGAAUCAAGAAGAAUUUUAUUUUCACCGCUCCUGAUUUUUAUUUUUUCUGUUUACAAACUCUUUUCAUCAGAACGAAUCCCCUUUUUUCCUCUUUUGUCCUCGGAGAUCUAACUGGACGUCAUCGGCUGGCAGCUGUUAACAUUAUUUCUACUGUUUCCUGUCUGCCUUAGCCCAAACCUGCGGGCCUUUUCUACUCCGUCUUGAUAUCAUGUCUUUUUAUAAAACAAAACAAAACAAACAAACAAAAAAAAAAAGAUUUUAUAUCCAUUUAAGUCCUUGAAA